UUGUAUAAAAGGCCCGAUUAUCGGCCCAGACAAUCAGAUCAUUCGAUUGCCUCUUCCCAUCAAGUAGAAAUACGUAGCCCAAAGAUCGUCCGAGAUGAAAUACCUCUUCGUAGUCGCCUUCCUCGCCUUGGCCAUCCAACUAGCCAUGGCAGCUUCAACCAGCAGUGCCACCACAACGACAACCACAACAACCACUGACGCAACAACCACGACGACAACCACAGAUUCCUCCACAACAACAACCACAGAGUCGUCCUCCACUGGAACGAAGCGCUGCUCCAAGAGCAACAACUGGUGUGGCACCUUCAGGCCCAAGAAGAAGUGCAAGCACCCCAAGAGGUGCCACAAGACCAUCGUGAGGGUUACUCACAGGAAGGGUUAAGUCAUGACGUUCUGAAAUAAAAUAAAAACCUUCAAACCGAAA